CUGGAAAAAUAAUAAUUUAAUCGAAAAGAUAAAGUAACGGGAAAAAACUGAAAAAAGGACAGAGGGAGCGAUGGUGGAGAAAGAAGCGGGAGAAGCCACCACCGCCGCCGCUUCCUCCAUGAGCUUCGACCUCCCGGAGGAAGUAUUGCAGGUGCUUCCGUCGGAUCCAUUCGAGCAGCUCGACGUCGCCCGCAAAAUCACCUCCAUCGCCCUCGGCACCCGCGUCUCCUCCCUCGAGGCCGAAUCCGCUUCCCUCCGCGACCAGCUCGCCGACCGGGAAAAUCUCAUCUCCGACCUCUACUCUCAGAUUGAAUCUCUCGACGCCGCCCUUUCCGCCGCCUCCGACAAGCUCUCCGUCGCCGACCAAGAAAAGGAUAACUUGUUGAGAGAGAAUGCUUCGCUCUCCAGCACUGUCAAGAAGCUCCAGCGCAAUGUUGCCAAGUUGGAGGUUUUCAGGAAGACGCUAAUGCAGUCUCUUCAAGAGGAUGAAGACAGCUCUGUGAAAAACACUGGGGGCGGAGGAGCUGUAGGAACUCCUCAUAUCAUUGCUAAACUGACGCCUAACGAGGAUGAUGCCAUAUUGCCACCUUUAAGAUCAUCUUCAACUGCGAGCCAGUUCUCGGAAGUGGGGAGCUCUUACACCGAGGAUCGUAGCUCAGAUGCGACGAGGCCUGGCUUGUCGAAGUCGAUGCUGCUAGCAUCGCAGACAAGCACACCAAAGCUGACACCGCCUGGUUCUCCUCCGAUAUAUUCAGCUUCAGCAUCUCCUACCAGAUCGUCUAAAUCCGCUUCACCAAGGCGAAGUGCGAUGUCGUUUUCUACAUCCAGAGGGAUGCCCGACGACAGGUUCUCCUCUCUCUCACCAGGCCAGUACAGUUCCGUCUCGAGCUCAGACACAGCAUCACAAACUGGGAGAGCUCGAGUUGAUGGGAAAGAAUUCUUCCGCCAAGUUAGGAGCCGUUUGUCAUACGAGCAGUUCGGUGCAUUUCUGGCUAACGUCAAGGAAUUGAACUCCCACAAGCAAAGCAAAGAGGAAACACUGAGGAAGGCAGAGGAGAUUUUCGGGUCAGAGAACAAGGACCUUUACGCGAUAUUCGAAGGAUUGAUAUCUCGAAGUAGCGUACAUUGAAACACUACCAUAACCAGGUUCCUGUAUCCAAAUAUUGUGUUCUUGCCCCGUCCCACAUUUUUUCCAUCUCGGGUGUAAAUUCUUUGCCAUCAUGUACACAACUCUCCCCCUCUCUGUGUUUCCCCACUUCUAUCGAUCAUGUGCAUGGUGUAUUACUUCACUGACUGUUAAAUAAUGUAAGCCUGAGAAAAGAAUCUCUUUGAUACUGGACAAAGGGAAAUUCAAUAAUAAGUUGUUCUGUAAGGAAAGGUCCCCCUUUUGGCUACAUUUUGCUUCGAAGUUUGGAAUACAGAAGGAUUCGAGGC